UCUCGGUUGCCAUGGAUUUCUAAAAGCUAUUGACUGCGUUCGCGGCUCUUUGACUGAACGUAUUUGUAAGAGGAAACCCACCACUGUGAAGGAAAACGAUCAUCGCGAGAAACAUUGUGCUGUCAGUUUCCAUACGGGCUCGCGCAGCGCCCUUCGCACUUCACGUACGAAAUCGUUAACUGCAGCAACACGAACUACUCCAAAAGUAGACGUUUCUCUGGAUUUCCUCAGCACAUUCUGUAUUUCACGCCUGCAGGAUUAAAUUGUGCAGAAGAAGAAGGUUUCUCUGAGGAAGAGCGUACAACAAUAAUGCAGAUUCCUGUGCCGAGACCACAGCCUCUGUUGGAGUGAGAUGCACUGACUCCUGGCAACCUGCUGUAUUCCUGUCAUACUCCGCUCAACUUCUAGCCAUGCGGUUGUUCUGGAAAAUGGGUGUGACCCUCAUUUUGGGCACCUGCCUUAAUAUUAGUUGCACAUAUCAAACGAAUGCCCUAGAAAUUCCACUGGAAGUUUUAGCACGCAUGAACAUGGAGCAGCUGCCCACAAUUACAGAGCAGUCUCCUGCCUCCCUGAUCGCCUUCCCUUUCGAAGAGAGCUUCCCCAUGAAGUGUGAAGCCACGGGAAACCCUGUACCUGAAUUCAGGUGGACAAAGAACGGGCAAGACUUUGAUCCCUAUCAGGAUCCAAGAUUGAUAACAUUAGAUGAGUCCGGAACGUUUGUCAUUCCAAAAAAUGGAAAUCUCACAGAAUUCCAGGGAAAUUAUCGCUGCUUUGCUACAAACAAGAUAGGAACAGCCAUGUCAGAGGAGAUCGAAUUUAUUGUCCCCAAUGUUCCAAAAUUCCCUAAAGAGAUCAUUGAUCCAAUUGAAGUUAUGGAAGGUCAGUCAGUUGUUUUGGAAUGUAAUCCACCGAAAGGAAUCCCCCCGCUGCAAAUCUACUGGAUGACAAUAGGUCUACAGCACAUCGAGCAGGAUGAGAGAGUAUCCGUUGGUCUGAACGGGAAUCUGUACUUUUCCAAUGCCAUUGAGACUGACAGUCGCAGAGACUACUGCUGCUUUGCUGCCUUUCCACGCAUACGAACCAUCGUCCAGAAAACUGCCAUGUCCGUCAUUGUCAAAAGCAACAAGUUAAUGAAGGACUCAGGCUCUGGUAGCAGCAGAGGUUAUGCAAACUCUCUCUUGGAGAGGAAGCCCAGUCUAUUGGCUCCCAAAGGAACAGAGUCGCACACAUAUUUGGUGAAAGGAGAAGAUCUUCAGUUGGAAUGUAUUGCAGAGGGCUUUCCAACACCAAAGGUGGAGUGGUUUAAAAUGGGCCAUAAGCUUCCAGAAAGGACAAUAGUCGAAAGCCAUGGGAAGUUACUCACAAUAGAGAUGGUAAAUGAAGAGGAUGAGGGGAAAUAUAUGUGCAAAGCCAAAAAUACCUAUGGAGAAGUGGUGCAUUACUUUCAUGUUACAGUAGAGGAUCCUCCCGAGUGGGAAAUAGAACCUCAGAGUCAGUUGAGUACAAUUGGAUCUGAUGUGAUGUUCAAGUGUGUUGUGAAGGGAAAUCCUCAACCUACCGUGACAUGGAGAGUCAACGGCCAACCCCUAAACGAGGUACCAACAUCCAACAGGAAAGUCUUGAAAGAUGGCACUAUUUUCAUCAACAACGCAAACCCUGAUAACAGCGCUGUUUACCAGUGUGAGGCCUCAAACAGACACGGCACCAUCCUAUCCAAUGCCAACAUCAUGAUUAUGAACAUCCAGCCAAUGAUCCUAACAGAAAACAAUCUCCAAUAUACCGCAGUGGAGGGGAAAGAUGUGGUCAUGCACUGUAAGGUCUUCAGCUCACCAUCCUCCAGUAUUAUCUGGAGUAAAGCUGACAGUGCCAAUGCAGUGGAAGGAGAAAGAUUCUCUGUUCAUAAUAAUGGUACUCUGGAGAUCCAUAACGUGAUAAAAGAGGACUCAGGGGAAUACUCCUGUUUCGCUCAAAACACAGAGGGCAAAGUUGCUAUUGCUGCAACCUUUGAGGUCAAAGAUCCGACCAAAAUAGUAGACCAUCCACAAGACCUGCGGGUUUUGGUUGGAACCACCAUCCAGUUUUCAUGUCAGGCAGUGUUCGAUCCUUCCUUUGGAAAUGACUUUGAGAUCCUUUGGGAGAAAGACGGCAUCGCUCUCAACAGCAGUGAGAACACACGAUAUGUGCUCGAUGAUGGAGUGCUUGAGAUCAUCAAUGUGAGCUUUGGAGACCAGGGCUUAUAUGUUUGUGUGGCCAAAACACCAGUCGACCAAGACACGGCGAUUGCACAGCUUUCAGUUGUGGAUGUUCCUGAUCCACCUGAGCAUGUGAUUCUGUCUGAGAGCAAUGGAAGAAGUGUGAAACUGCUGUGGAAACCAGGAGAUGAUCAUAACAGCUCAAUUACUGAGUUUGUUAUAGAGUUUGAGGAAAGCCAGUAUGAGCCAAGCAGCUGGAAGGAGCUUUCAAGAAUAUCGGGGAAGCAUAACUCUGCAAUGCUGAAUCUGCAUGGACACGUGGACUACAGCUUCAGAGUCUCUGCAAUCAAUGUGGUCGGAAGAGGUCGCGCAAGCCAGACCACUGAAAGAUACAAAACUCCACCAUCAGCACCCGACAAGAACCCAGAAAAUAUCAAGAUCGAAGGUCAUUUGCCACAUGAAAUGGAUAUCAACUGGGAGCCUUUGUCACCUCUUGAACACAACGGCCCAGGAUUGGAGUACAAAGUAAGCUACAGAAGACAAGGUACUGAAGAGGACUGGAUGGAACACAUCGUUAAGAGGCACUCAUUUGUAGUUAAAAACACCCCGACGUUUGUCCUCUAUGAGAUCAAAAUUCAGGCCAAAAAUCGCGUGGGCUGGGGCCCGGACCCCAAAAUAAUAACAGCAUACUCAGGAGAGGACUUCCCCUCCGCAGCUCCGGAGGAUGUAGGAGUGGAAGUUAUUAACGACACCAUGGUGAAGGUUAGAUGGGCCCAUGUUCACAAGGACAAACUCCAUGGACAUCUGGGGGGCUACAGGGUAAACUGGUGGAGGCAUCGUAGUCUACUGGAUUCAAAGAAAACACAUGGAAACAAACACACCCUGACAUUUGCUGGGGAGAGGACCCAUGCGGUAGUUACAGGGCUCAGGCCUUUCUCAGAAUACAGCCUCAUUGUCAUGGCCUUUAACAACAGAGGAAAUGGGCCUGGAAGUCACCCGGUCAGUUUCCAAACCACCGAGGGAGUUCCUGGUCAAGUGGCUUCUUUCAGGGCUACAAACAUCCAAAAACACAAGGUCACCCUGACCUGGUCUCCUCCCAUUGAUGCAAAUGGAGUUCUAAUCAGUUACAUCCUGCAAUAUCAGCUAAUAAAUGGCACUGAGGAAGUAGGCCCUCUCAUGACAAAGAACAUCUCUGCUGACAUCAACAAGCUACCCCUCCACGACCUGGAAGCCCUGAGCAGAUACAAGUUCUACCUGCAGUGCUGCACGCGGAUGGGCUGCGGACCUGCUGCCAGUGAGGAGUGCACAACUGUCCCUGAAGCGACUUCAACAGAUGUGGCCUCUUUCAACAUCAGAAAGUCUGGCCCUCGCUUUCCUUCAAGAAAAAACACUGUUUCCCCUGUGGCUAAUGCAACUCUUUCUUCCAUAGGUCUGGCCAGUAUUCAUGGUGGCAUCUCCAACCAGGGCUGGUUUAUCGGGCUCAUGUGUGCUAUAGCACUGCUGACCCUCACGGUACUCAUCGCCUGUUUUGUGAACCGAAACAAAGGAGGAAAAUACUCAGUAAAAGAGAAAGAGGACCUACACCCAGACUUGGAGUCCCCAGGCAUAAAUGACGACACCUUUUGUGAAUACAGCGACAAUGAUGAGAAACCGUUGAAAGGCAGCCAACAUUCCUUGAAUGGCAACUUGAAAGGAGGGGACAGCGGAGAAAGCAUGGUGGACUACGGUGACGAGGACGUUCACUUCAAUGAGGAUGGCUCUUUUAUUGGAGAAUACUCUGGACACAAGGAGAAGGUCUCAACGGAAAUCAAGGGAAACAAUCAGAGCACAGCAUAAUGGACCACGGUCAAAUAGUUUCUCGGACAAGCUCUUGCAAAAGGUCAGUCAAAAAGGAGCAGAAGGGAAAGAAAUGACAGCGCAAUGGAAUCCGAAGGACAUUUUUGCAAUUAAUGUUUUAUUGUUGAACUCUCAGUCAUACUCGCAUCAAUUUCCAAUUUUUUGUUGUUGUUUUUUUUGCAUACCUUAACUGAUCAAUCAUGUCAGUUGUGUGUACUUUUGUGGGGUGUUUUUGUAUUAAAUAUUUGCCAAUCUUUGGUGACUGUGAAGCUGCCAGAACAUUCAUUUUGUGUUUUCUUUGUUUGUUUUGUAAAUUCUGAUGGGAGAUAAGAGAAAAACAUUCCUAUUUACACAAUUUCUGCUUUCUUCAACAUUUGUGUCAUCUUGUAGCCAAGCAAGUAUUAUGUCAGGGUAUGAACUUUGUAUUAUUAUUUUUUCGUUUGAGGCAAAUAUUAUUGACAUUUUAUAUUGCAGAUACUGUAUACUGUGCAUUCAUUAAAUGUGGGUUAUUGUGUAUACCAAGGAGUUGUUGCUUAUAAAACAAAUUAUCAUAAUUUUAGUGUAAAUCCAAAAAGCGCAAGGCAACAUAUGAGUUGACUCGAUUACAAUUAGACUCACAUUCUUUGUUGAACAUUUAUUGUACUCAUUUAAAUUAAUGGUUCAGGCUAUACUAAUAAGUUGCAUAGCCACAUUCAAUAUACCAUAUACAGUACAGUAAGUCUGCUGGUGUUAACAGAUUAGCCAUAUUACAGUAUAUCGUCAGAUAGGCAGAUAUAAAAUUUUCACACCCCUGCCUUUUUUUGCCUUACAAUGACUUUGACUGAUAAAUGUGGCAUAAUGAAUUAUAUUGUUAUGCAUUCCGUGAUACAGGGUUGGAAUUCCAUGAUUCCAUAUUGACUCUAAAUCCUUUCAACAUAAAUUUAACACUCGGGAAUAUCAAAACCACCAUAAGUUGUCAAGAAAAUGUUUUUGUUCAUUUGGACAUAUAUUGAUUUAGCAGUGGUCCUUUUCAGGAACAACUCCACUUAAAGUCAUAGUCAGAUUUUAAAUAAUUAUGUACAAUGUGUCUGUACAAGCAUUCUGUUUGCAUGUUGAAUGAGGAUUGUGUGCAGAUUUGACA